AUAAUAUAUAGAGAAGAAAAUCUUUUAGAAAGUGUUAUAAUUAAUGUGAGUUCAAUGUUUUAAAAUUAUUUAGUUUAAAAAUAAAUUAGAAUUUUGCGUUCUACUGUUUAUAAUAAAAAAAAGAUAAGUUUACUAUAAAUAUUAACAAACAUGAUGAAGACUAACCAUUGUACUUAAAAUGGGUACUUGUUGCAGUCGUCAUUCACCAGAUCCCACCCAUCAUCUGGUUUUACAUCAUGGUUUCAAAAUACAAGAUACGAUAGAUGUCUUGAAUAAAGGAUCCAGUGAAGUGCGUUAUGUGGCUGAUUUGAAUCGUCAACAUGGAACAGCAAGUAUUAAACGCCAUGGUGUUGACAUUAUACGUACUCCAACAUCAACACUUCAUUCAUCUUUACAUGGACGAAUUGUGGUUGCUGUUUAUAAUUACCAGUCCAGGGAAAUGUCUGAUGUAUCAUUUGUUAAAGGAGAUCGCAUGGAGCUAUUAGAUGAUAGUGAACCAGAUUGGUGGCGCGUUAGACAUUUGAGAACAAAUGAAGAAGGAUUAAUUCCUUGGAAUUUUGUUGCUGAAGAAAAAUCAGUUGAGAGUGAAGAUUGGUUUUUUGGAAAAAUAUCUCGUAAAGAAGCGGAAAAACUAUUAUUAUCUGAAGAAAAUCAAAGAGGAACAUACUUAGUACGCGACUCAGAACACAAUCCAAAUGGCUUCUCUCUUAGUGUUAAAGACUGGGAAGGAGGUCGAGGAUAUCAUGUGAAACACUAUAAAAUAAAAUCUCUAGAUAAUGGUGGUUAUUACAUUGCUACUAAUCAGACUUUUUCUAGUCUUCCUGAACUCAUAUCUGCCUAUUCGAAAAAUUCAUUGGGAUUAUGCCAUGUUUUGGCUCGUUCAUGUUGUAAGCCACAACCACAGAUUUGGGAUCUAGGUCCUAAUUUACGUGAUCAGUGGGAAAUAGACCGUAGUGAAAUCCAAUUAAUUAGAAAACUUGGCCAUGGUAAUUUUGGUGAAGUUUGGUAUGGUAAAUGGCGAAAUAAUAUUGAAGUAGCUGUAAAAACACUUAAACAAGGCUCAAUGUCUACUCAAGCAUUUUUACAAGAAGCUUCUAUAAUGAAAAAGUUUCGACAUGAUCGACUUGUUGCCCUUUAUGCUGUUUGUUCAAAAGAUGAACCUGUACUAAUAAUACAAGAAUAUAUGUGUAAUGGAAGUUUAUUGGAUUUUUUGCGAAAUUGUGAUAGUAAAUAUUUGCAAUUUGGUGAUUUAAUCUAUAUUGCUGCUCAAGUUGCUAGUGGAAUGGCAUAUUUGGAAUUAAAGCAAUUAAUUCAUCGGGAUUUGGCUGCAAGAAAUGUAUUGAUUGGAGAAAAUAAUAUGGCUAAAAUUUGUGACUUUGGUUUAGCUAGAAUUAUAGAAGAUGAUGAAUAUUGUCCUAGACAAGGUACUCGAUUUCCUGUAAAGUGGACUGCACCUGAAGCUAUUGUUUAUGGACGUUUUUCAAUUAAAUCAGAUGUAUGGUCUUUUGGAAUAUUACUUAUGGAAUUAUUUACAUACGGACAAGUCCCAUACCCGGGUAUGCAUGGCCGCGAAGUCAUCGAACAAGUGGAACAUGGAUAUCGUAUGCCAAAGCCAGUUUCUCAUUUUAUCCCCGAUGACAUUUACAGACUUAUGUUAUUGUGUUGGGAUUCUGAUCCAGACAAACGACCAACAUUUGAGUUCCUGAAUCAUUAUUUUGAAGACUUCACUAUUACCUCAGAAAUACCGUACAGGGAAGUAAGUGAUUAAAUGAUCAAUUCUAACACCAAUACCCAAAUGUGCCAUACUGGGUUGCUGCAAGUCCUUAAUAUUGUCAAACUAGGAAAAAUGUGUUUCAUGUUUAAAUGGCUCACUAAAUAAAACAAUAUUAAUUUUAAAGAAAAUCUUUAACUAUACUUACUACUUGGGUUUAUCAUUAUUUAACUAACUAACAAAUAUUUUAUUUUUCUUAAUUUUUUAGAUCUCAUUUUGUUUUGUUUUAUUUUAUUUUAUUUUAUUUUAUUUAUUGUACUUAUUGAUUGUUGUUAUUAUUUUUUCAUUAAAUUUUGAAUCUUAAAAACUUCACAUUUUGCCAAAUUUAACUAUUUAAGAAAUUAUUAUAAUUUUGAACCUUGAGAAUA